CGUCAAGCUUCGAUCAUUUUGACAUUUGCCUUUGCGGCGUGUGAGAGAAGGAGACCGAAUGUUAAAAUUCAUCACCCUCUCACUCAUUUGAAAUUCGAACUUGCCAGCUUUGACAGCUUGAUUGUUCUUGUUUGACAUCGGCUUCAGUGCAGAAACGCGAGCGGCCAUUAUUUAUUAAGUUAGUCAAAGUGCUUUCUCUGUUGAAUUAAUUCUAAAAUUGUUCUUGUUCUGUAAGUUUUAUUGAAUUUUCUUGUAGAAACUAAAUAGUUCUGUUCCUAACAAUGUUUUUUAAUAAUAUUUACAGACCCAGUCAGCCUGUGAAGAGCUAGUUUUGGAUUUGUCAUCGUCGUUAAUCCGACCGAAUUCCCGGUCAACUUGGUAGCAGCUAUAAGGCAAUCUGACGUUUGAUCAUCUUUCUCUUUUUCGCUCCCGAGGAGGAUAGGUUUGUUUUCAUACGGAAACGUUUCCCUAUGAAAAUAUUAAACAAAAAAUUGCUAUCUUCUGUGACUGCUUGAGAGAGAAGGGUGAUGAACGCUAGAUUGCCUUAUAGAGAUAAGUGACAUUUCAACACACGAACACUAGCGCAAUUUUUUUCUCACACAAAAGUGCACACCGAUUGAAAGGCUAUUCAGAUUGCAUAUGCAAAUAUUACCCAAUCGAAUUGGGUAAAACGGGUGAAUAAUGAUAAAACCAACGUCCGGGGCAAGAGUGCAAAUAUUUUCCUCGCAGUUUCACAACUACAUCUACAAAAAAGGCACGCAUACAUUUGAACGUGAUUACCUUUAUUCCUGAAUAAUUCGUAUCUGGCAUUCCGAAGGCGAGUUGAGAAAAUGCAAACCAGGAAGAAUCGACAGAACGACGAGCGACAAGAAGAUGAUGAAGCUGAGGCGGGACCUGAGCCGAACGGUUAUUCUUCAGCAGAUGAUCAAACGGCGAGAGAAUCGAGGUCUGCUGCAUCUCGGUAUCAAAGUCUGCGACCAAGACGUCAAGAUCUACGUUUGCGCCGAUCAAUAUUUAUAGUAUCACUCGACACUGAUCGAUUCGGCCGGAGCAGAAAGCAGUGGAGUGGGGCCGUGUCAUUAUUCUUCAUCAUCAUCGUCCGAUUACCAUCAUCACGUCGGAGGAACCAGUUCCAUCAAUCGGGAUUGGAACGAGAGGUGUCUGUUGUUACCACCACUACCAGCACCAUCCGGCUGAAACGACAUUGGUGAACUGGCUGGUAUGGUGUUAGUGCACGAGGGGAUGCCACCGUCAAGACCAUUUUGGGCAGUGGUAAGCUGAUAACUAGCGGUAGGGUUAGAAUUGGCCAAAUCAGAAGUGAUCCGGGACAUUUCUACAUCUUUCCGCUGCACUGUUCUUCACGUGCGUCCGGCAUGCAGCGUGGUUCAUCCAGCAGAUCUGCAACGGAUUCGACAAACCGCAGCAGUAGGAGAGCUAAUCGCCGAACAAGCAGCGCGGUUGCUGACCGAGCGUAAGAUCGGAAUUUUAUAAAAAUAUCUGAAAUUUUUUCACAAAUAUCAGGAUAUUCAGAUGCGUAAUAUCUGAAUUCCGGAUUAAUUCCAUCUUAAAAACUCUUCGAGAAGACCAUUCUGAGAAUCCUUCAGGAUGUUGGAGAUUCCUUCGGGAAUUCAUGCAGGAAUUCGAUCUGGGCAUUGCUCCAGGAAUUCCAUUAGGGAAUUCUUCCAGAAACUCCAUUUGUAAAUUCCUACAAAAAUACGAUCUGGGGCUUCCUACGGGAAUUCCUUCUGGAGAUUCCUCCAAAAAUUCGACUCUGAGAUUCUUCCAGUAAUUUGUUCUAGUUAUUGCUCCAGGAAUUUCAUCUGGGGAUUCCUCCAGAUUUAAAAUUUGAUUAGAUUUCGCUUCUGAUUUCUUAAACUCUCUUGUUCUCUUAGACAAUAACCCAGAUGGCUGGGUAUUUCUAAGAAUCUUAACGGAUUCACUUAAAUAUUUCUCGUGAAGCUUCUGAUUUCUAAAAAUGAUAGAGAAUAUUUUCUAUAAUUCGAAGACUGCAACACAAAUAGCUGGGUAUUUCUGAGAAUCUUAACGGAAUUU